AUGAUCAACUCCGAGACCCUGGACGAUGCUUCGGGCAGCUUCGUACUACCGGCAGAAAUACAUCCGUGGCUAAGGGCGGUUGUGGCACUGGGUUUCAUCUCCUUCGCAGCAUCAAUAACACUUCUCUCCAUCCUCACCUACAAGCUCAUAUCCUGGCACAUCAAGUCGAAGCGGAGCAACCAAUUCGUCAUCCUCAUUUUCAACCUUCUCUGGGCGGACAUACAACAAGCGCUUGCUUUUCUGCUGAAUGUCGAGUGGCUAAGAUUAGGCUCGUUGCAAGUAGAGAACCCGAUAUGCUUUGCCCAAGGUUGGCUCGUCUCGACUGGUGACCUUGGGAGUGGAGUCUGGUGCUUUGCGAUUGGACUACAUACUUUCGCAUCGGUAAUACUCGAUUACAGACUAAAACCAAAGGCCUUCUACGCUACAAUUGCUGCAGCAUGGGUCUUCAUCAUUGGUGUCUCGUCAAUCGGCAUCGGUUUACAUUCGACAAACUUUUACGUACGGUCUGGAGUAUGGUGCUGGAUUCACCACGAUUUCAAAGACCUUAGGCUGUGGACCCACUACAUCUGGAUCUUCAUUUUCCAGUUCAGCAAUGUCCUCAUCUACGCCUUCAUCUACGCAAUUCUCCUCCACCGGAUUCGCACCAGCUACUAUACCCCCGAAGAAUCGAAACGGGUCAAAGCAAUAUCAAACCUCAUGGUAGUCUACCCUGUCGUCUAUGUCAUUUGCACGCUCCCACUCGCAUCUGCGCGUAUGGCUGCCAUGACCGGAAAUCCACCUUCACUGGCCCGCCUCUGCCUGUCCGGCGCAAUGAUUACGUCGAACGGCUGGCUUGACGUCCUCCUAUAUACAUGCACUCGCCGUAUCAUGAUCUUCAGCGACGAGCCACCCGCCGACGACAUUGGUUUCGACACCUUCUCUACAUUCUGGCACGGGAAGCCUACACGGUUCGGGGGCGAGACUACUAUCGAAGCUCUGAACUCGAGAAAACACAGGAAGAACGCAAGCAGAAGCGUGUUGCCGUCCGGGAGAGAGAGCCAGGAUGAUUUGUUUCCUUAUGGGAGCAAGGACAUCAAGCUCGUGAUGACGACGCAGGUUACUAGUGAACCUGCGAACCAGGAGGAAAUCGAUGAGAUGGAGGCAGGGGUAAGAGUACGGCCUAGGUCCCCACUGAGUCAGUGGAGCGAGGACACGAGGAGCAUGAAGACCUUGAGCCCUAUAUAA